CACUCCGGCGCUCCGGUUCGGUUCGUUUAACUCGCUCUCAAACAACAUACACGUUAAAGAACAAUCUCGGAACGGUGUGUGUUUUAGUAAUCAUAUUAAUAAUCAUAUUGAUAAUUAUCAUAUUCACAGAUGAUAUGGCGAGAAGAGUCUAAAUAUCGCGAUACUUCGUUGCUGCGCUCUCCUGUGCGCUAGCAGGAUUAGCUAGCUGCCAGCUACGCAGUAAGGAAAACUAAGCAGAAAUCAGAAACUCUCCAGAGAAGAAGAGGAGUUCCCCUUCACUUUGACCGCAUUUAGUCUUUGCACAAGACAUUAACUGACAUUAACUUCCCCAAUUCUUAAAGAUAGACACCUGCUUCAUUCUUUAUCUUGACUCAGCUGUACUGAGAGAGCGGCUCCACUUUGUGACGUCAUGUCUCAGAAGUCGCAGUCAGACGGUGGUCAGAAACACUUCGCUGUGGGUCGGGGGCUCCUGGCUGCCGCAGAGACCUUGAACUUCAGCAUGAACGAGCAGAGAUCCAGCCGGCAGAUGGGGGGCAUGGCCUCAGGUGUGGGGGUGGGCGGUGGCGGUGGUGUGGAGGGCCAGGACGGCAGCGGUCAGAUGUCCCGGCGUGGCGGGGGCAGCAAUCUUGGCAGCACCAUGAAGCUGUUUGCCAGUUUAGGGCUGUCGCCCUCUGACCUGGACGCUCUGGCUGAAAUCCCAGAGGAGGACAUCAGCGUGGAGACGCUGCCGCACAUCCUCAUGCAGCUCAAGAACCGCAAGGGGGACGCAGGAGAGCGGCGGGGGGCGUCCUCCAUGUCCUCUGAUGCUGCGUAUCGAGGAGGGAGGGACAGCUGGGACAACGUGCACAUGGGGAGGAUGGACGGUCCUUCUCUGGCUCAGGGUUCAGCCCGGACCCAGCCCUCUACUGACUUUGGGUACAGUUCACUGCAGGACGUCUCCUCCAGCCGCGGCUACGGCUUGAAUUACAGCAGCAGCGGGGGUGGGAGCAGAGAGAGGCCGUAUUCUGAACUUUCCCGUCACGAUUCCUACAGUGGGCUCGGCAUGGGGCCGCCGUCGUCCGACUCCGUCUUUAUGCAGAGGAGGAUGGGCUCCCCAUCAAACGGAAAAGUCCAAGACUUCUUGGGAGUCAUGCCCCCCAUGUUCCCCCAUGUGUGCUCUCUUUGUGACUUUGACGUUCAUUCCACCAUGGAGUGGAACCAGCACAUUAACGGACUCCGACAUGCUGAGAACAGACGACAGCUCCUUGACAUGUACCCAGACUGGGACCCUGGUAUGGCCUCUGGCAGAGGCGGGGGGGUACUGGAGACCCCCAACCUGUCUGCAGGACUGCUGGGACCCGCCCCCAUGUCUUCAGCUCAGACAGCAGGAGGGAUGUCCUCCAGCUGGGGAGGAGGUGGAGGUCCCGGUCUGUCAGGAAACAACCAGCUGGGACAGAAUAAGCUGAGGAGCCGAGUGGUGGUGGUGAAGUACGACAGGAAGCCUCUCAGCAACAAGACUCUGUUCGCCUUCACCGAGCCGUUCGGCUGCUUGAGGGAACACCUGGUCCUGAAAAACAAGGCCUUCUUGGAGAUGAACAGUCACGAGGAAGCUCAGGACAUGGUGAACUACUACGAGCAGCAUCCGGCGUCUCUGUACGGCAAACCCAUCACCUUCUACCUGUCCAAGAGGCUGAUGGUCAUCGAGAAGGACGAGCGGUCCUCGGACAGGUCGAGGGACAGACCUGUCAGGGAGGUCAAAGGUCACGGCAGCCAGGUGGUUUUCUUCUCCAACCUGCCCAGAGAGGAGGAGAAGAAGAAGGAGCUGCUGACCAUCGCUAGACGCUUCGGCAUCGUGGAGAAACACCUGUUUUUAACUGACCAGGCGUUUGUCCAGCUGGGAACCCCGGAGGACGCAGAGAUGCUGGUGAAGUAUUACAGUGUGAACCCCCUGAACAUUAAAGGAAGACCCAUCCGCCUCAACAUCUGCACCAAGUACAAAACGCUCACUGUGAACCGGAGACAGGGGGGAUCUGGAGACAGUCGCAGCCAGAGGAGCAGCGGAGCCAACGCCUCCUCCUCCUCCUCCAUCUCUGGAACCAGGACCUCCUCCAACUCCAGGGCCUCCUCCUCCAAAUCCUCGUCCAGCUCCAGGACCAGAGAGGAGGAGAAGAAGAAGGAGGAGGAGAACAGAGGGAAGGCUGAGGAGGAACCUGCUGUAGAGGAGGAGGAGGUGUCUGGAGUGAUGGAGGGGGAGGACGGAGGGGAGGGGGAGGAGCAAGAAACGGAUGGAGGCACUAAGAGGGAGGAGCCUGAGAGGGCGGAGUCUGUGAAGGAGACGGUGCAGUCGUCUUCAGGAGACGUUCAGGACGAGCAGGUUUCAGACAGUGAUGAUGUCACUGAUGACACACCUGGACAUGUGGGCGGGACUGAAGGUGAGGCCAGGCAGGGGGCGGAGUCAGAAGGCCUGACGGAACCAACAGAAACUAAACCUUCGACCGAAGAACACGAGAACAAAGACGAACUGACGGCAGAACCAGGGGAGAGUUCAGAGGCCGAGGACACAGCUCCGCCCCCAGACGAGUUUGAUCAGGACUUCCUGGAGAACAUGGAGGACUUUGUGACGCUGGAUGAACUCGCAGAGGAAGAGGACGACGAAGAUCUCGAAGACUCUGACGCCUUCGACAACACCAGGAAAGGGGGAAUGAGGGUGGUGAACAUCGUGGGCUUCAGACGAGGAUACAACUUCCUCACCGAGCUGCUGGGACUCGCCAAACCUUUUGGGAAAGUGGUGAAACACCUGGUGCUGGACUUGAGACCUGAGGCGUACCUUCAGUUUGCCACAGAAGAAGAAGCUCGAGCGAUGGCCAAGUUCUACAACAGUAACGUGACGGCGUCGGUGUGCGGUCGACCGGUCAGGGUCAGUCACUCCAUGACCUACCCCACCAUCCAGUGCGGCUCCAGCAGGGUGGUCUACGUGGGUCAGAUCCCCAGCAGUAAAUACUCAGACGACGCCGUCCUGAAACUCGCCGAGCCGUUCGGGAAAGUCAGGAAGUAUUUCCUCAACAGGAUCAAGAAAGAGUGCUUCAUUGAGAUGGACAAAGCCGAGGACGCAGAGAGAAUGGCUGAAGAUUGCAAAGUUAAUCCACCAAAGUUCAACGGGAAACGUCUGGUGGUCUACGUCAGCAGGAAGUACAGACAGCUCAAACACGGACAUCGAUGUCCGACCACAGCGAAGAGAGAGAGCAGCAGCAGCAACUCUCCAACUAAACCCUCCAAACACCCCGAAGAACCUGCUGCCAAGAAAUCCAAGCUGGAGAAGACACCGGAGGAGAAGGAGGGAGAGGAGGAGAAACUGAAGGAGCAGGAGGAGAAACUAAAGGAGAAGGAGAAGGAGGAGGAGGAGGAGGAGGAGGAGGUAGAGAUGAAGAGCUCUGAGCCGAGUGGAGGUGAAGAAAAGAGAGAAGAAAACUCGGCAGAGAAGAAUCCUGAAGUUUGUGAUGAGAAACUGAAGAGCAGCGAGAUCGAGCUGCAGGAGGUGAAACAGGAGGAGGAGCAGGUGGAGACAUUGAUCAAUCAGAACGGACAGGCCGAGGCGCCCCCGCCUGCUGAAAACAAACCCACCAUGGCGUCUCUGCCGCUGCGCCCCUACGACCCCGACACCCCCAUCGGUGUGGAACACGUGAAGAUGGGUUACUACUGUCGCGUCUGUUUCCUGUUUUACUCCAACGAAGACACGGCGAAGAAAACACACUGCAGCAGCCAGACGCACUACGACAAGCUGCAGAAAUAUCUGGAGAAGGAGCAGAUGAAGGCAGAGAAGAAGAAAGGGAAGAAGACGACAUCAUGAAGACACCAUGAGUUCAUCCAACCAUUUUACUUUGUAGUUUUUCUUUAGUUUGAGGUUCAGACGACGCACACUGAGGAGCUUCAGCUGUAAACACGUCUCCUAGGAAACAGACGGAAGCUGAAAGACUUUGUGUUACAGAAGGUGACGAGCUGCUGAGUGGAUGGACAGUAAACAGGAAGUCAGUGAAUCCAUCACUCAUGUUUUCUCCGUCCAUGUGGAGAGUCGUUGGUGUGACAAACGGAAAUUAGUGAAUUUUUUUUCUUCCUUGAAAUGAUUCAUUAGUCAUCCACCGAGCUGCUGAUCAACUUUCAGUCAAUUGACUCAUUGAUUAUCUGUUCAGUUCUAAACGAGACAUUUGAAGACGUCAGGUUGUUUUAAGGAAAAUUACAUUUUUCAUUCAAACAAUCAACAGAGUAAAAACUUCACCAGCCGUUUUCAAAUUGACUGGAUUUAAUUCUCCAGUUUUUACAGUGCAGUGUUACAGGAGAUGAUCACACACCAACAGCUGUUCACGUGGCCGUACUGACGUGAGCGCUGGAUUAAAGGAACACUUCAACAUUUCGGGAAAUAAUCUUUAACUACUCGCAUUAGCUUAGCUUAGCUUAGCAUAAAGAUGGGAAACAGCCUGAGGUAAAUAUCUCCUUCCUGUGUUUAGGAGGAGGACCUACGUGCUAAAACUAUUUCUUCACAAACGGUGUAUCCUUCCACAAGUGCCACUCCACAGAAGUGCUAGGCGGAUGGAUACACUGUUUGUCAAGAAGUAGUUCCAGCAGGUGAUUUGUUAGUGAAUGUGAAUUUUCAUCCUGAUACAGAACAAACUGAAUGUGUUAAACUUUAUGUUGAAUUUUUAUGUUGUUUGUUUUAUAAAAUAAACCAGUUUCUUUAAAUUAG